AUGGCCGUGGUGGUUCUAGAUAAAGCUACCACGUGGGAUGUGGGAUUAACCCACGAAAGGCUUUCACGCAAUAACUCAUCCACUGUUGUCUUUCAUCUACACCCCGACUCCACCCAUCAUCAUAUCUGGAGAGAUGCUGAAUAUGAUGAAGUUCAACACCAAACCCAACUCCCAAUAACUGGACUCACCACCGUUGAGAUUCUUCAACAAGAGUUUCUCAAUCGAGAUGUUGAUUUCUUGUAUCAAAAACUCUCUCAGCUUUUGCCUCCUUCCUUAGAUCAACUCGAACCCCGGCAACGAGAGGAGUUGUUGCUUCAGAUAAUUGCCAGGGCUUACGGGGUUUUGCUCGAUUAUUCCAAAUAUUUCCCUACUGCUGUAAAUUUGUUGAUGCGUGUGUAUUUGAAUAUUGUCACAACGUACAGUGUGAGUUUGGAAUUUGAAGGAGAAGACCAUACUUUUACACCUGCUGCUUCAUCAGCCAUCGCGGCUUUGAAGGAAGGAAGGCUUAACUCGAGCUCUACUAGUACUUCUUGUACCAUCUGCUUGGAGGAUUUUCCACUUGGUUCGAGUGUCACAUGCAUGCCUUGUUCUCACAUCUUUCAUCGGCAAUGCAUUGUUGAGUGGCUGAAUAAUAGCCAUUACUGUCCUGUUUGCCGAUUCAAGUUGCCGACUUAA